AUGCUCGUGACCUACCUGAAAUUGGACAUCGCUUGGAGUCGACGGUUCGCUCAAGUCUUGAUCGGCUUUAAUGUUCUCCUUUCACUCGCUGCACUUGGCAUCUCUCUGUUUCGAUGUCGUCCUAUUCACAACGCGUGGGAUUUGACCAAAGAGAAUGCUGCAGGCUGCAUGCCACACUUCAAUGACUUUCAGAUUGGUCUGCUUGCAUCAAAUGCAGUUCAGGAAAUCAUAAUCAUCGUGCUUCCGAUCCCAGUUAUCUGGUCGAUCCACCGACUCAGAGCGCAAAGGAUUGUAAUCAUCCUCCUGUUUAGUUGUGGAAUCUUCACUUUGGCAGCAAGUGUUGCCCGCCUUAUAGUAGCAAUAUUAGCAAAUGACGUGGACGUAAACUAUCUGCACUACAUUGUUAUCGCUGUGAUUAUGGCGUGCAUCGAAUCAAAUAUGGGAAUCGUGUGCACUUGCGCGCCUCAUUUAAGGCCAUUGGCCCGAAAGAUGUGUCCGGAUUAUUUUUCUUUUACACGAAGCCACACCGACAGCCGGCCAUAUACCGACCCAAACUAUCAGUUAGGUAGGGUUACAGGAGUGAACAAAAGUGCCAGCUUGGGUUCGCGAGAGGUAGAAAUUCCGUCAGAUUUCGAGUCAGAAGAGAACCAUGGAGCGUCGUCCACAGAGCAUAUCAUCCCGGUUUAG